AUGAGUUUCCUCCAGGUAGUGUCUGUCAGCCUUAGGAGCCAGCUGAGGUGGUUUGGGCAUCUGGUCAGGAUGCUUCCUGGACGCCUCCCUUUAGAGGUCUUCCAGAGUAAAGAUGCUGGGAUCAUAUCGUUGGUGAGGUUGGACGAACAAGGAGAGCAGUUGGAGCGUAUAGAGGAAGGUUUGGAUCAGAUCAACUCUGACAUGAAGGAGGCCGAGAAAAACCUGACUGACCUGGGCAAGUGCUGUGGCCUCUGCUCCUGUGAUAAGCCUUUGAAGAGAGCGGGGGCGUAUAAAGCGGUUUGGGGCGGAGCCUCCGGACAAGAUGGCAUCGUGUCCUCAGCGCAGUCGUCUCGAGUCGUGGACGAGAGGGAGCAAAUGAUCAUGAGUGGAGGAUACAUACAGAGGGUGACUAAUGACGCCCGCGAAGACGAGAUGGAGGAGAACCUGACUCACGUCGGCAGCAUCCUCGGGAACAUGAAGAGCAUGGCUCUGGAUAUCGGCAACGAGAUUGAAACGCAGAAAGACCAGAUAGACCGCAUCGACAACAAGAUUACUCUCAACAUGUCACGCAUCGAUGCCGCCAACCAGAAAGCCCAAAACCUCAUGAAGUGA